AUGAUCCGCUCAACUCAAAUAGCAAGGCUUGACGGUACGCACGCGCGCGCGCGCACCCAUCCCCAUACCAAAAGCCACCCUUCACUAACACCCAGCUCCCCAGGCCUCAUGCUCUGCGCUUCCGUCGACGACGAGCAACAAGAAGCAGCUCUCUCCGAAGUCAAGUCGCAAAUCAAGCAAGUCCUGCGCAAGCUCACCCGUAACUCGGAACCCCAAGCCAGCAUCGAAAGCGGCGCCUACAACCUGAAGUCCGUCUACCCCUCUCCUGUCUACCCCUUUUACACCGAGAGGAGCCAGUCGAAAGAAGAAGAAGGAACUCUUGCUAACCUUUGUGUCCAAAACAGCUACCUAAUGGACUCGGACAUCACCUUCAUCUGCAUAACAGACAAAUCCUACCCGCGCAAGCUAGCCUUCACCUACCUCUCCGACCUCGCCCGCGAGUUCACGACAACCUACCCCGUUUCCCAGCUCCACUCCCCCUCCCUCCGCCCCUACGCCUUUAUGGAGUUCGACACCUUCAUCUCCCGCACAAAAUCAACCUACUCGGACGCCCGCGCCUCCCAGAACCUCGACAAGCUCAACGACGAGCUGCGCGACGUGACCAAAGUCAUGACCAAGAACAUCGAGGACCUCUUGUACCGCGGCGACUCCCUCGAGCGCAUGGGCGAGCUCAGCUCCCGUCUGCGCGACGACAGCAAAAAGUACAGGCGCGCGGCUGUGAGGAUCAACUGGGAGCUGCUGCUCAAGCAGUACGGCCCCCUCGGAGCGCUGGGGUUCAUUGUUAUCGUCUUCUUUUGGUGGCGGUUCUUCUAA